UGAGCACCCAUCUCCCCAGCGUUGUUUAGGAUCAGCUGUGGCCCAAACCCCACCCAACGAGGAAGGGCAAGGCAAAGGGAGAAAUACUGACAGCGAGAACCGACUGGCAUUCCACGGCUAUUUGAAAAAUUACAACAAAUAACAGCCAAAUAGAUACGGACGCUCACCUUCUCAACCAACUGUCUAGAAAAAGGGAGCCAACCUCCCCAAAGCCUUGCAGCGCCGCGACGGUGCAGACGGAGUCAACUGAUUAUAUUCCCGAGGAGCGAACUCAAGAUGAUCGCUUUAUUUAACAAGCUGCUGGAUUGGUUUAAAGCGUUGUUCUGGAAAGAAGAAAUGGAACUGACUCUGGUUGGCCUGCAGUAUUCGGGGAAGACGACCUUUGUGAACGUGAUUGCGUCAGGUCAGUUCAGUGAGGACAUGAUUCCUACAGUGGGAUUCAACAUGAGGAAGAUCACCAAGGGAAACGUCACAAUCAAGCUAUGGGAUAUUGGAGGCCAGCCGCGCUUCCGCAGUAUGUGGGAAAGGUACUGUCGAGGAGUCAGUGCUAUAGUGUAUAUGGUUGAUGCUGCAGACCCAGAGAAGAUCGAGGCCUCCAAGAAUGAACUCCACAACCUGUUAGACAAACCACAGCUACAGGGUAUUCCUGUUCUGGUUUUAGGCAAUAAGAGAGACCUGCAUGGAGCUCUGGAUGAGAAGGAGCUCAUUGAGAGGAUGAACCUGUCGGCCAUCCAGGACCGAGAGAUUUGCUGCUACUCCAUCUCAUGUAAGGAGAAGGACAACAUAGAUAUCACACUACAGUGGCUCAUCCAGCACUCUAGAACCAGGCGAAGCUGAGAGAAGAGCAGCUGAGUUGGAGAAACAGUAUCAUGUGAUCACCUGUAUGCCACGCCCCCUCGGUUUUAUUAGAAAAUCAUCCUACUUUCCUCAUCGUCUUCUCCCCUCCCCUGCUGCUACCUCUCUCCCCAAAACAGGUUUUGUUCUUGUAAAAAUUGUGAUAAUUAUGAUUUGCACUGUUAAUUUUUUUUUUUUUUUUUUUUUUUUUUUUUUUUACUUGUAUGCAUUUUUAUAAUGUAGAAUUCAGACUGGAUCGAUUUGAUAGUCACUUAUCAAAUAACUUUUUCUUUUUUUUUUUUGUUACCGUGUGUGUUUCAAACUGCAGGUCAGAUGGAGGUCAAAAGUAUUGAUUUAGUCAAUUUAGUGAGACCAUUACAGUUCAUCCCAGUGUCACGUGACCAGAUUUCAUUCAGACCGUACGGUGCUGCCUUCUGGUUCUGUCACCAGUGGUGCCUGAUUGGUCAGCAAGGUUCUUUAUGAGCUGGUGUAAGUGCAAGAAGUGCCCCAGAAUAUGCUACACAUGAGACACUUGGCUGCACGUUUUUCUCCUGUGGUGGUAAUUGAGCAGGAGUCAGGCUGUCUCAUCUGCUAUAUUUAGUGUGAAAUGAGAAAGAGGGUGGUUGUAUCGAGUCAAAGCAGAUGCACUCUGGGCUGGGGUCGGGUCACUAGUGACUAGUGAUGCUUUGGGCUCCCCUGGGUUUCCACAUAUUCAGAGGCAGCUGGGAGUCUUCAUGGCAGCUUUGUGUGGGGUUAUGCCACUUAGCAGCAGAAAUAAAGCGCUUCACACCAGGUCUGCUCAAAUAGCUUCAGCCUUUCAACUAUAGCCCGGCCUGUAACAGAGCAACCAUUUUGCGGAUGUGACAUUUAUGUAUACUGCUGCUCUUCUGACACACAAUUAUACACACAAACCCAGUCUGAUUUAUGUCACUGCCUGGCCAUAAAAAUGGCCUGAGGAAAUGCUCUAGUUCUAAUGGAAAUGUUCAUGUGCAUUUCUGAAUGAAUGGGCAGACAUGUUUAAAACCGCUCUACUUUAAUCCUGCUGUGUUCUUGUUCAAACUGCAGGAGGAUAGAAAAAAACAAAUGACCCACACCAGCUGUUGUCUGUAAGACUUCUUGCUAUGACAACAAUGCAUCUUUUAACUAUUGUCAUUGACACACAUAUGCUGAUGUCCAUGCAUUUUAUUCAGGCUCCCACGCCAUACGCACUCCAAACAGGGCCAGUCCAUACUGGUUUCCAUACUGGAGUCCGUACUGGUUUCCAUACUGGAGGGGCUGCAGUUCACUGCAGGACACUCAGUCUCGUUUCUGAGUGCGUGAGCGGCAUGUGCGUUGAGGUUUCCAAAGGUCAGUGCAGUGUUUCUGGCUCGCUUGCCCUGCUACUUCAGUCACACUCUUUCAGAGGAUCUGGGCAAGUGUGAACAAAAUGAAAUGCAGGAGAUGAACUGAGGUGGAGCUAGUGGAGUUCUUUUAGCCCUGCCCUUUGGCCUAUCGGGAAUGCAUUCUCACCUCAACUC